AUGGAUAUUACUGGUACCAUCCCACCGCAACUUGGCAACCUUUCUUUUCUUGUUUCACUUGAUCUAAGCAAAAGCAAUUUCCACGGUGAACUUCCACCAGAGUUGCUUCUUUCGCGAAAGUUGAGAGACAUUGAUCUUAGUUACAACAACUUCACCGGAGAAAUACCAAAAGGAAUAGCCAAUCUUCCAAAUUUGAAAUGGUUCAUCUUGAGAUAUAACAAAUUACUCAAUGUGCUCUCCAUCUUUAACACCUCAACACUUGAAAUUUUGGAUCUCAGAAGUCACAAGUACCGGUUUAACUGUAUGACAGGCACAAUUCCUGAUGAGAUUGGUCAUCUGUAUAACUUGAAGUUAUUGUUCGUGGAUAAUAAUAGAUUAACAGGGUCAAUCCCUUCAACCAUAUUCAACAUUUCAUCACUUGGACGUUUAUUUAUGAGUGAUAACAUGCUUGAAGGACCUAUACCAAGACAGGUUGAUAAUUUGACUAUGCUUGUCUGGUUUGAUCUUUCAAAUAAUUACCCUGAAAGGUACAGAAAUAUAUCUAAUUCACGUGUAAUUCCAGAUGAAGUCGGUAACCUUCCUGAGUUGUCGUUCAUUUCCUUGUCUUUCAAUGACUUUACAGGGUUGAUCCCUAUUGGCAUUUUCAAUAUCUCAUCUCUUGUAGUUCUGGGAAUCUUAGGAAACCACAUUUCGGGUAGUAUUCCUUCCACUAUAGGCAAUGGCUUAACUAAUAUCGAAGGAAUUUAUCAAGUUGGAAAUAACAUCAAUGGUGCUUUACCUAGUUCCAUCUCAAAUUUGUCUAAGCUUGAAUUUCUCGAACUAGGUGGAAAUGAACUUACGGGUUCAAUUCCCGAAUCUCUAGGAAAUUUAAGACUACUUAGAAAUCUCAACUUGUACGGUAACUCCUUCACAAGUGAUUUGAGCUUCAUUACUCCUUUGGCCAAUUGUGAAAACUUGCCAAGAUUGGUAUUGUCUUUCAAUCCCCUAAAUGCAAUGCUUCCCAAAUCUGUUGGCAAUCUUUCUUCUCUUAAUUAUAUUUUCGGCAAUAAGCUGUAA